AUGAGUCAAAUCAAUAAAGUGUUGAUUGUUGGCGCAGGCAUAGCCGGUCUUUCCAUUGCAAUCGCCCUUCGCAAACGCGGUGUAGUGGUUGAGAUUUUUGAAAGAACGCCUGAGCUCAGUGAGGUCGGCGCAGCGAUCUCUGUAGCGCCCAAUUCUGCUCGGGUCCUGCUAUCCUUCGGUUUUGACCCAAAACGCUCUCGUGCCACUGACGCCGGGCCCCAAUAUGAAUAUAAUAAGGACGGUGUUGUUGUUGAUUCACUCGAUCUUCGGGAUAUUUUUGAGCUACUUCGAAUCGCAACCAGUGAUCGAGAUGAAAGCUGGGGUCCUCCAGCAAUGCUGAGACUCGGUUUUAAUAUUAUACGUGUGGACUGUGACAGUGGGGUCAUCGUCUCGGAUAAAGGUGAACGCUUCCAAGGUGACCUUAUUAUUGGGGCAGACGGAGUGAAAUCGGUUAUCAGGCAGGAAAUAACGGGAAGAAUGGACGAGCCCAGUGUUUACAGUGGCCACAGCGCAUUUCGUUCCCUGUAUAAUAUAGAAGAGCUUAAAGCCGAUCCGGAGCUCAGAGUAUUUGUGAACGAAAUCAAAAUGGAGGAUUGGGUUGGGAGAGAUGGGCGACGCUGUCUACUCUAUCCCUGUAGAGAUAAUACUCUUCUAAACCUUUUUGCGCCUGUGUUCUGGGAGGCGAGUCAAUCAGUUGAGAGCUGGCGCGCAAACGGAAAGGCUUCUGACCUUGCGGAAAAGUUCAAAGAAUUUCCGAAACCCCUUCAGAAACUUCUUUUAAAAGAUCCCAGUCCUGGAUUAUGGCAGAUUAGGGAUCGCAAUCCUGUGCACGGCUGGCACAAAGGCAAAGCUCUUUUAAUUGGCGAUGCAGCACAUCCCAUGCUUCCGCGUAUAGUUCACCGAUAUACGCCCCAGAUCUUAUCUCUUAUUAAUAUUUAUAUAGACCAAGGCCAAGGUGGCGCUCAAGCUAUUGAGGAUGCGGCCUCGUUACCUAUUUUCCUCCUUGACACUCCUCCAGAUAUGAGUUUAGCAGCCCGUCUACAGCGCUUUGAAGAAUUUCGCUAUCCCCGAGUCACUGCCAUACAAGAGCGCUCUCGGCAGCAAAAGGAAGGACCUAAACAGAGGGAGGGUAAACUUCCAAGCAUUGAAAUGUGGUCUCAGAUUGACAAGCAGGUGUCAUACAAUGUUGUCAGAGAAGCCAAGAAUGCAGUGCUUGAGCUGUCUGGGAGUAAAUAG